ACCCUUUCCAGCUGAAAAUCUGUAAUGAAAAAUCUAUGCAAAUCAAAGCACACAAAGCGUGAGGCGUUCGCAUAAAGAUGCUAAAGAUUUGGCCAACUGAUAAACAAACAGACAGAUGGACGGACGGACGGACGGACGGACGGACGGAGUGACGGUUGGACGAACAAACACAUAGCUAUGUAGUUGGACAUAUGGAACGUUGACAGGCUGCAGUUGGUAUAGCUUGUUCGCAACUUUCCUCAUUUCAUAUUCAAUGCGCCGCCUGUAAUCAAAAGUUAUCGCAUGCGAUUUUCCUCAUUUCACAAGAAGGAAAGCCUGGAAAGCGGAGAAAAAUCACGUGCAGGGCGUUCAGAUGUCUACUGCGGCUCAUGUCUUGACCUCGAUAAAUCAAUAAUGCAGCAGUGUGUAAAUACAAGGACUGGCUAUAUUUCCGAUCAAGAACUUGCCAUUUCACCCACGGGAGCUCUCAUAUAUCGUAUAUGUGUGUACGCAAGCAGCUAGGAGCUAUUCAGUCGAAUAUGCGCAUAACUGCAUCACUGCCACUACACACACACACACACACACAAACGCAGAUACACACACACACACAGAUGACAGGAAAACUAUAAGUAGCUAAAGCAGCAAUAAGAAGAGCAACAGCCCAGCCAUGGCUAUGGGUGGUGAGCAUCAUCAAGAACUAAGUGCUGCUUUAUUAACUAAAGGACAACAACAUCGCAGGGCACACAGAAGCAACAGCAAACAACAACAACAAUCGGGAGUGGACGCAGGCAACCAGCUGGCCAGACGACGAUGUUGGCGUUGACAUCGUCGGCGACUGCCACAACAAACAACAUCGAAGCCAACAAACAAACUUGCAGCAAGUUCCCUCACCAUCGAGGCUUCAGCGUUCACCAUUCAACAUGUACUUAGCCCAAGUGGUCCACAAUUUGAAGAAGGUUUGUGCACUCUGCUAAUGCCGCCAAUAUUGGCCCGUGUGGCUAAUUAAAUGGACCACGAUAUGAAGCUGUAGACCCCGCAGAGUCUUUAAAUUUUACAUUUUAAUUGCAAUAACAACGGCAAUUUAACGGACUCGAAUGAGGCAUAACGCAAGACGAAUCACUGGAAAAGCCAUAUUUUAUGCCCAAAACGGCUUUAGUUCUGUGUUGGUACUAGUCAUGAACGGAACGAGGAGACUAGCCGAGCUGGGCGUAUGGAUUUUCAGCAUCUUUCUACCAGUAAUCAGCGUCAAUGGCUACUAUGUUAUAGCUUCUGCUGGCAGCAUUUAUUCGGGUCGCUCUUACGGCAUCGCUCUGGGAAUCCUAAACUCCAAUAAAAGCUCGAAAUGCGAGGUGCGUAUUAGCGGACCCAGCUACAAUGCUAGCGCAGAAGUUGAGCUAACUCCUCAGGAACCGGUUCAGUAUAUCCAGUUUAAUGUGCCGGAGCUAAAGCGCGGGCUCUACGAGUUACAAGUGCGGAGCUUGAUUGGCGCACCGUUCUACAAUAAGACGAUGUUGUUUUGGAACAACUUCAAAAACUUGCAAAAGAUACAAACAAGUAAGACGCACUACAGGCCCGGCGAGAGGCUGCAGUUUCGCGUCCUCUGGUACGAUGAGCUGCUAGUGCCCGUGCAGCCAGAGACCACAGCCGUGGUCUGGAUUGAAGAUGCGCAGGGCAAUCGUAUAAAGUUUUAUAAGCAGAUGAGGACCAUCAAGGGUGUCUUUGAGGCGCAGCUGCAACUGGGACAGCGACCGGUGCUUGGUCGCUGGCGCAUAUGCGUGCAGAAUGGUCCAGACACAGUGGAAGAGUGUGCCUACUUCGAGCUGAGCGAGUACCAGGCACCGCCCUUUCGCGUUCUUUUGUCGUCACAACGUAAGCUAUCCCUCGCGGAUAAACAGCUGCUGGUGCAUGUGCAGGCACGCUAUAGCUAUGAUGGCCCCGUAGAAGGUAAUGCCACGCUCUUCCUCGAGUCCUACACCGAUGAGAAUGUGGAGCACAGUGCACAGCGGAUGACUAAGACAGCGUUUUUGCACCGAGGCCAAGCCCAGUUCUCUAUACCCUUGACGAGCCUUGGAGCAAGCAUUCCAAAGGGCAUGCAGUUGCAGCUUGGUAUCACAGUCCAAGUGGAGGAGCGAUUCACCGGUGUAGGCCAGAACGGGAGCAUAACGGUUACUCUUUAUGGGGAUCCCUAUACAAUCAGCUGCAUCCGCUCCAAUGGCUUCUGUCGCAAUCUUAAGUUGAACAUAGAGCGUACUAUAGGCUUUCGAAUCAAACAUGUGAACGGCACCGCAGUGCAGGACAAAAAUGGGAUUGUGAAGCUUCUUUACACGCCCGCUAAUCCAAAAGACCCCACACCUCCGCAUGUUUACGAGUCACGGCUAAACAGUAAGGGGGCGGUCUAUUUUAAAGUGAACCUUACACGACCACAGAAUGCAGAGGCUCUGGACACAGACCAGACCGUCCAAUACUAUACCCUCCUCGAGUACAACGGACACAAGCAGGAUCUGUUGACAACCAACGGACAGUUGCGGACAGCCGAGUCGCCCGGUGAGAUCCCCGAAAGCGACGAAUCUGUAUCCGACUAUGACGACGGGGUGACAAAGGAAAGAGAGUACGUAGACAGCAUAGAAUCAGGUGUAGUGCAGCUUAGAGACGAUUUUGCGGACAUGGACAUGAAAAGCAAUGGCAAGGCACGGCAACAAAAGUCAAAGACAUCGAAUAAUGUAGUUUACUUCGAAAAGGGCAUCCCGACAGGCGCGCCGCAACUUUUCAAUUUCAAGCUGAUGCAAGCCUUCGACUACGCUAUCUGCGUGAUCUUGGUGAAUGGGAACGUGAUUGCUGCCACUCGAGUUUUUCCAGACCACAGCAAAUUGAACUAUAACAUAAAGGUUCAGUUUACAUUAUCCAUGUGGCCCUUCGUGCGUAUCUAUAUCUAUGGUAUGCAGGCGACAAAAACAUACUUGAGUGUGGCACAGAGAACAAUUGUUGUUAAGCGCCCUGAGAAUACUAUUCAGAUCCAGGCCCCUGCUGCGGUUAGUCCGGGCGAAGAUAUUACCCUAAAUAUCAAAACUAUACGUCAUUCCUACGUGGGCCUUUUAGCUGUUGAACAGAACACAUUGCGCUUAGCUAUGGGAGCCACCAACGACCUGAACGUUGACUAUAUGGAAUUUCUUAAAUAUCAAAUCCGUGCCUACGCACCUAAUACCCAACAUUUGGAGCCACAACCAGGCGAGGAUAAUGGUCUGGUAACGCUGACCAAUGCAAACUUUGUCUUAAAUGCGGACACAGUUGAUACAAUACCAAAAGGCAAUCGGAGGAAUAGUCCUUUAUAUCCGAGGACCGCUAGUGUGGGUCCCAAGGUACGCUCCCAGUUCGCAGAUGUUUGGAUUUUUAGCAGCAUUGAAGACACAAAGGAUGCAUGGACUAAAUGGGGAACCCGUGUCCCCGAUAGCAUCACCAACUGGCAACUAAGCGCUUUUGCCAUGCAUCCCAUAGCAGGACUAUCGCUUUUGAGUCCACCCAUCGAGAUUAUAAGCAGCAAGCCUUUUUUUAUGACGACCAACAUGCCCGAUUCCAUUAAGAGGGGAGAAAUCUUGAAACUACCCUUAGUCUGCUUCAACAAGCGAAAUAUUAGUAUAAACGUGAUUAUAAGUCUGCGGCGGGCUCCAGCAUCUUUCGAUCUGCUUACCGAAAAGGGCAACCUGUUGCCCAACGCCUCCUCUACUCUACAGCAGGAAUUGCUUAUCCCAGCUGACGACUCAAGCGUCGUGUUCUUUUACUUACGCGCUCACAGUACUGGUAUCUUGAAGCUUAAUUUUACCGCAAAGUCCACGUCCACCUUGGCAAAGGAUCAGGAUAUACUAUACCGUACCCUGUCUGUGAAAGAUGGGGGCUUUCUUAUCGCCAAACGGGUGGCUACAAUUCGAAGUCUGAACACGCCACUUACUGUUGAAGGCAAGUUAGAACUGGAGGCACGACCGCAACAUCGAAUCCACUCUGUAGAAUGCCACAUAAGCCGCAAUAUUUUCAGCCCAAAGCUGCGCGAGCUUUCGCACACCACUUCGCCUGACAAUGCCGAGCAACUCAUCACAAGAUUGCUCGGCAACCAACAUCUGUGGGAGUUCCUGCCAAGCAGCCAAAGAACUGAUAAGUUGCGUGAACAACUUAGUGUUGACUUUCAGAGUUUCUUGGCCCUACGACACAAAGAUGGCGGCUUCUGCUACUACGCUCAUUUGCUAGAACUUCCGACAGCAUCCUGCAGCUCCACUUGGUUGACGGCCUAUGCACUUGAGGCUUUGUAUCUGUUGCAGGCACCACCCCUGGAGGUGGAGCAGCGACAACUCAAAAUUAGUGUGCGGUUUCUCCAAACCCGUCGGCGAGGCUUUUAUUACGCCGAGCAGGGACCUACACCCACGCGCUCCCAUCUAACACAACUGGAACUAACCAUGGAGGUUGUGCAGAUUCUGCAAAAGCUGCAACCAACUAAACUGAAUAGAACUGUGCACCAUUUGUGGCACCAACUGAACGCUACGACAGACUCACAUUUGCUGAUCAAGGGAAUCAAGUUUGUGAAGAGAAGGCAUACGGAUCUGCUCAGUUGGAUACCCUCGCUAUUCAAUUCAAGCAGCAAUACCCAUCGCCAGCUGUUGGAGACCGCCGGCCGCUUCUUACUAUGCUUGCUAUCCGAGAAUCUUGAAUCAAGCAGCGAAUCGUCGACGCUUUUUCAAUGGCUGGUUAGUCAGCUCUACGGACGAGAUAGCGUGGCAGAGAGUUACGAGAGUUCCUUUGCGCUGCACGCCAUCUUUGCUUAUGUUGCGCGAAUCGGCUAUAACUUCACCGAAAAUUUAAAAGUUCAACUAUAUGCCCAGCAGAAAGAAGUGCUCUUAAGUUUUAAUGCCGGGAAUGCAUGGAUGGUGCAACGAGCCACACUGCCUUUCGAAACACGAGAGGUGCACUAUCGAGCCCAUGGAUUGGGGCAGUUAUUGCUGCAAUGCUCAUAUAACUACGAUCUGCUGGAGCCUUAUGAGCGUCGUAGUCAGCGCACAUUCAUUAAGCGAUACGAAUUAAAGGUCAGAAUUCAAGGACUCUUGGGUACCUUGACCCUCUCUUUAGAUAUGUGUAUACAUCUUCUUCCCUAUGUGGAUAACACAGAAGGCAGCGCAUUGGAUUUGUUGUUGCCCACAGGCUAUGCACUAACUGAUGGCAACUUAAAAGAAUUACUUAACGACAAGGCAGUACGGUACGCAAAGUCGAAGGAGGGUAAAACCAGGCUUCACGUCGAGCUGCUGCCUCUGUCUAACAGCAAUGCGAAAUGUCUGACGGUAGGAUUGCGAAAGGAACACGAACUUCCGAGUCUACGAAACGGCACUCUGAUUGCCUACGACAUCAAUGACGACAGCGGGCAGGAGCCCGAGCUGGUGAGCUUCAAGAUUUAAAAGGGAGUGGUAUGCAGUUGUGCCAAAGUUUUGUCGUUGCCAAUUGCUAAUUGCCAAUUUCCGAAAUAUACAUUUGUAAACUUUGUGUUAAUUAUAAUGCGUGCGACUCAUUAGCGAGCAAAAGCGGAGUGGAUGGGCGCGUACAGGCAGCUCGCAUGUGAGAAAGUUUGUCUCACAUCAGGAAGCAAGUGUAAAUGUUAAAAUGUGCUCAGUAUUUGUCAUUUAACUCCAUUCCAACAUCACCUUCGCGCUCGUAUCCCAGCAACCGUGCCCCUUCUCUCGCCCUCUCGUCCUUCGCUCCGAAGUUCAAAAGCAACCCAAUCCCCGAAUUCCGCUAACGACUGUCGCGUGGCAUUUUUGCGUGCAUGCGAAUCCACCCCAUAGGCAGUACUUAGCUAUACUUUUGUCUUGUAUUUUUUUGGAGUCUUGCAAUUAAUUAAUAUAAUGCCACAUAUUCGAAUGUCGACAGCAUCGAGGGCCAAAUCCCUCUGCCUGCCCAGUACUUGAGUUGAGCCCAGAAGCGUGACGUUUUAUUCUGCAUAUUAAUGAGCGCAUAAGUGCAUCAAAUAAGAGCCCACUGUAGCAGGUGGUGUGGCGCGUGUGCCUCAAUAAAUACAAAUAAAUUAUAAUACUUGUAUAUCGUGCUGGCGAGUAAUUCUAAAACGCUAUGUGAGUUUUUCAAAAAGGUGAACAUAAUAUCAGCGCAACAUUAAAAACCUGUACUUUUCCUAAAUAAUAAAUAGUUUAAAAACUGUUAUGUAAAAAUAGAUAUAGAGAUGAUAAUAAAUAUUUAAUUAACUAGUGUUCAACUGUUU